AUGAUUCUUCGUUUGCCGACUAGCCUGCACUACCCGAUCACCGUGACGUCGCUGCUCAAGCAGCCCGGCGACACGGUUGAGAAGGAUGAGCCUCUUUUCUGGUACUUCUAUGAGACUACUGUUACAGAAGGCGAUGGAUUAGGAAAUAAAAUCGACGUGUUGCGCAAGUUCCCGGCCAGAUUUGAGUCGACGGCCGAUGGAGAGAUUGUUCAGUGGAAGAUCAAGAAAGGCGAUGUUAUUGAUGAACCUGUCAACGUUGUCGAAAUCGACGAGCCUUGCGCGCACGAAGUCCAGUUCGGAGGAUUAUGCGCUGAAUGUGGAAAGGAUAUGACUGAAUCCACUUACAAUACCGAGAUUACGGACUCUAUGCGCGCACCAAUCUCUAUGGCACACGAUAAUACCACACUCACCGUCAGUCAACGGGAAGCGACUAGGGUUGAAGAAGACGCGAAGCGCCGGCUGCUUGCAUCGCGCCGCUUAACUCUGGUUGUGGAUCUUGAUCAGACCAUCAUUCACGCCACCGUUGACCCGACGGUGGGUGAAUGGAGGGAGGACAAGGACAACCCCAACCAUGAAGCCGUGAAGGAUGUCCGGACCUUCCAAUUGAUUGACGAUGGACCUGGAAUGCGUGGAUGCUGGUACUACAUCAAGCUGCGACCGGGACUGGAGGAGUUCCUUUUGCAGAUCGCCGAGAUCUACGAACUGCACAUCUACACGAUGGGUACUCGUGCUUAUGCCCAACACAUUGUUGAUAUCAUUGACCCAACUCGCAAGCUUUUCGGAGAUCGAAUUCUGAGCCGUGACGAAAGCGGCAGUCUGACGGUCAAGGACCUGCAGCGUCUGUUCCCCGUCGACACCAAGAUGGUGGUCAUCAUUGAUGACCGUGGUGACAUCUGGCGUUGGAGUCCCAAUCUGAUCAAAGUCUCUCCUUAUGACUUCUUUGUUGGAAUUGGCGAUAUCAACUCAAGCUUCUUGCCAAAGAAACAAGACAUCGGGGCCAACAAACCCCAGAUUGAAGCAAAGGCACCCGAAAAGGAGAAAGAGCACCAUGUCAAUGGUCAAACCCAAACACAGGACGGGGUUGAGGUCUCGGCACUGGAGCAAAUGGUGACCAUGGGUGGCGGAGAUAGCCCAAGAUUACUACAGGAACAGACCGAUGCACAAGAAGAGACGAUCUUACACCAAGUUGAAGAUCGCCCUUUACUCCAGAAACAGAAAGAGUUGGACGCAGAAGAUCUACCCGAAGGCAAUGAACCUAGCGUCGAGGAAUCCCAAGAAUCAGCAAAACACCGCCACCACCUUUUAGAGGACCACGACCAAGAACUCUACCAACUGCAGAAUCGCCUCGAACAGGUCCACCUCCAAUUCUACGAGGAAUACGAUAGAAAGCGCACUUCCGCACUGGGCGGCCGGGUGGCAGCUCUUAGGGGGGAGAAGGUGCAUUCAAAAGAUAGAGACGUGGAUCUCAAGCUAGUUCCAGAUGUCAAGGACAUCAUGCCUCAAAUCAAACGGCAGAUCCUUGGUGGUGUGGUACUCGUGUUCUCAGGCGUCCUUCCCCUAGGAAUCGAUUUCCAAAAUGCAGACAUCUCCCUCUGGGCCAAAAGCUUUGGCGUGGUCAUCUCGUCAAGAAUCAAUGCACGCACCACACACCUUGUGGCCGGUCGCAACCGCACGGCCAAGGUGAGAGAAGCCACACGAUACCCGAACAUCAAAAUCGUGACCACACAAUGGCUCGUCGAUUCCCUAGUCGCCUGGCGACAAGUGGAUGAAGAUCCCUACCUCCUCCCAGUCCACCCAGAUGACCGAGGCGAACCUUUCUCCCCGGGCUCCCUUGAACUCGAGACCUCCAUGCUCUCAUCCACAGACGAGGACAUCACCGGAUCCCAAUGGACCCAAGAAGAAGACGCGGAAGACAUUUUCAAAUCCUCCGGCCUAGACGAGACUUCACCAAUAGGCUACGGCGCAGACGAGCAAGCCGAAGUCCACGACGAACUCAAAGACUUCCUCGGCAGCGACGACGAAAGCGAAAGUGAUAAUGAAUCCCUUCUAGACGAGCCCUCAGGCACGAAGCGCAAGCGCGACGAAACCUCCGAAGGCACAACCGACGACGAAUCCGGCGAUGACGACGGAGACGACCCUGAAAAGGGUUCCCGACUAUCUCAACGCAUCAAGCGGUCCUACGAGCGCAACACCAAGCUACGAGAGAUCACAUCUGCGCCUGCUCGAAGCGACGACACUCCCCUUAUCACAUCGCAGGGCCAAGACGCAGAUGAAUCUGGGUCUGAGACUGUUGGCGGUAGUCAAGAGGCUGGAAUUGAAGACCCUGAUGACGAAGAUGAGUUGGAACGUGAGAUGCUCGCUGCCUUUGAGGGUGGGGAAUAUGAUUCUCAAGUGGAGGAAGAUGCUACCGCUGAGACGGGAUAG